UAGAAUAUAUCGCACAUCAUAUCCUGUAAGACUGAUACAACGUCCAACUGACAAAAUGUGGCCUUGUCCUGCCUGCACCUUCGAAAAUGAAGAUGAAUGUAGAAAAUGCAAAAUGUGUAGAGUGGAGCACAUUAGUGGAGAAAACGUCCAUUCCUUUCGCUUGCACACAGAAUGGGAGUGCACCUCAUGUACGUUCAAUAACAACGGGGAGGCUUGGAAAUGUAUGAUGUGUGGCUCCGACAGGCCAUGGGACAGAACCGUUGAGGGAGACAUUCAUGAUUCAUCCAGCUCCAAAACGUCACCCGAAACAGGUGUGGAAGAUACAACUGCACAGGGAGAUGGCGCAGUUGGCGGUGGAGCUGUCUGCAACUCCUCCAGUGUCGUCAAUAAAGGCAAAGAGGUUCGAAUUGUUCUUCUUGGACGGACAGGAUCCGGGAAAAGUUCCACUGGAAAAACCAUCCUUGAUAAGAAUGACUUUCACAGUUCACUGCGAUCAACCGGUGUUACUAGAGAAUGCAAGCGUGGCACAAGCAACAGGUUCGGGCGCCGUCUUCAGGUUAUUGACACACCAGGGUUGUACGACACAGACAUGUCGAUUGAAGACAUCUCUCUGGAGGUCAUCAAAUGUGUUGGGAUGACUGCUCCGGGACCACAUGCUUUUCUACUCGUUGUCAGAGUUGACAGAUUCACAGAGGAAGAACAGAAUACAGUUGAACAUUUCAUGAAACUAUUUGGUAGAGGCAUGUUGGAUUACUUAAUCAUUCUCUUCACUAAAAAGGAUGAGCUUAUUUCCAAUGGUAAAACAAUCGAAGAUUUUAUCGGAAAAGACCCCGGCAAAUUACAAUCUGUUCUGAAGGAUUGUGGUGGCCGGUAUGUCACGUUCAAUAAUAGAGGAUCAGAGAGAGAAAAGGAACAAGAUGUACACACUUUAUUGGAGGUUAUUGAUAAGAUGGUCCAGGACAACGGAGGGAAGGUUUAUACAAAUGCCAUGUUUCAGGAGGCCGAAAAGGUUAUGAAAGAAAGGGAAGAUCAACUAAGGCGUGAAAACGAAGAAGCCAUGAAAUCAGUACUAGAUGAGAUCAGAAGACACGUGAGGAAACUCGAAAAGGACCAUGAAGAAACAAACAAUAAGUUCCUGAAGAAACUAGAACAGCUGGGUGCUGAACGUGAAUCCAGAGAUUGUGAGGAUAUUAGAGCACAGCUUAAAGAAUUGAAGUUGAAUCACGAAAAGAAGAUCCAAGCCUUACGAGGUAUUAGAGCCAGACAGCCUGAGGUGGAUUUUAGAGAACAAGCGCGUUGUAGUGCUGAACAGGAUAACAGUUUUCUUAAGGGCAAACUGCUACCUGCACUUAAACAUUUAGGGCUGAAAGUAAUGCCAGAUCUUCUUUGUCAUGCUGUUCGUCUGCUUGUUCUCAAGUGAAAGGCGCUUUGGACAUUGUGGUAAAUAAUAACUGAUAUUUCUUAGCACAAAAACGUCUACAGUCAGUGCCAUAAUGUUUCAGACGAUGGCAAUGUUAGAUAAUUCUGCGUCCUUAAUAUGUAGAUUUGUGAUGUCCUUUAUCAACAGGCCAAUGGUUCCAGACUUUGCUUGUGUUAUCCUUAGUAUAGAUUAUACUUACUUAAUUUGUCAUUUGUGCUUUAUUAGUUCAUGGGUGCUUUGUUUCAUUUCAAGGUGUCUUAUAUAUGCUUGGACAAAAUCGGCACACGUUCUUGAUUUCAGAAUGUCUUUAAAUCUGCUUUUGUUUCAUGUGGACACAUUGACAGCUCUCAAGUAUGUGUGUGUGAAUCCCAGGUAAAUGUGGACACGAAACGGCCCAAGUCAUGACGGUAGUAGAGCGCUGGGUGCAUUUGGGGCCCUACACCUUCUAUCGUCAGUGUCGGAAAUGUCUAAGAGCCAUAACGUACACACCGUAUUAUUAUGCUCAUGACACCUGAGCCAGAUUUAUUGGAAUUUAGAGUUCCCCACGCGUGAUUAGGAGUUACCCGCAUAUGUUUAGGAGAUACGAGUUGCGUACUAACCUAAGAGAUACAACUCUGUCACACCGGUAAUUAGACAGUUUUGUCUUCGGAGACCCGAUUUUUCAGGUACAAAGUACAUUAUUAAUAUCUUGCUGUUUUGAUGUUACGAAAUGUAUUUACUUCCGUACUUGCGACAGAUUGUGUGAAAGUAGCUCACAUUGUAUGAUUUCAGUGUGUAAAUGUCUUUAAAUGCAUACGCCAGGUCGUCUAUUUCAUGGUAUUCAGGUUUGACAUAAUUAUGUAAAAUAUAUCAUUUUGAAAAACAGAUAAAUUUGAAUGCAAGAUAAAGCAAUGUAUUACUGUAUCAUAAUCAAAACAGGAGAUUUAGAGAAGUUUUCUCCACGUCCUUCUUUGUUAUCAUAGAGAACACGAUUGGCUGACCACAACCCUAUUGGCAGCUAAGUGGUCAUGAUUCCUGCACAUGACCCGCAAAUGAUUAGAUAGAUAGAUGGAUGGAUGGAUGGAUGGAUGGAUGGAUAGAUGUUCUUUCCACCGACAUAAUGGGCAACUGGUAAGUUUAGGGACAUCGUCAGGCUGCACCAACAAAAUGGACCACUGAUACUGUUAGUGACACUGGUAAGUGCCACCGACAUAAACACACUCCCUGUUAGUAACAGAUUGUGACGUUCAUGAAUUCUGAGCAAUAUCGCGCUCACAAUUCAAACGAUAAUAUCAGCAUUUCCAAAACAACUCAGUGCAUCAAUACAAUGAUCAAUCCAAUGACAUUACAUAUAGAAUGUACAGUUUCUUGUUUAUGUAUGUAAGGGCAUACAAGAAUAAAUGCGUUAAGCCAUACAAAUACAUAGUUGUUUCUUAGAAGUCUCAUUUCUUAGAGGUAGUCAAAUGACACAGUUAUGGA